AUGCCCAUCCAAAUGGUGUGUGAUUCGACUCCUUCACUCGUCAGUGCGGCAAUUCGCGACUCGUUGCACUCGACGGCAAACAAUGGACGUUCCACGGCAGCGGCACUGUCGGCAGCCUCGGUGGCUGCAUCCGCGUUGAAUUAUAACGGAGUCAGCGCGCACGGUAGUUCCGGUGCCGUCGGCGCACCGGCUCCGGACGAGAACAGCGAUCUGGUCGAAACCAUCACCCAAUCGCUGCGGCAGGGCCAACAGGUUAAACCGAUCGCAUACGAAGAAGCUCCCAGCUACAGUGCCAGUUUGGACAAACUGAAGUCCAAGUACAUCGUCCUGAAGGCCACCAAUGUCGCCGCCGACGUGGUGGCGGUGGCGAGCAGCGGUGGUGACAAAAACACUUCCAGUGUUACCACAAACGGUAACGGUGGCGGUGGACCUGCCCUCAUGCAAACGCCCAAAGUAUCGAAUGGCACUACGGUUAGCGUGGGCUCUGGUUCGGUGCCUGGCACGGCCGGAAAAGACGCAGCGACACUGCCGACGCCAAAGCGGACACUUUUCCCGCGCGAAAACGUACAGAUCGGAUGGAAAACGACUGGCCGCAAGUGGUUGGUGGGCGCCGGGAUGGUCAAUAUGGGCAACACUUGCUACCUAAACUCGACGCUGCAAGCCCUGUUCCAUGUGCCGGCCAUCGCGAACUGGCUGCUGUCGGAUGUGCAGCACCGUGAGCGUUGCGAUGACGGUGGUUCCGGAGGCAGCUGCAUCAUCUGUGCGAUGGCCAAAACACUGGAAGAAUCGCAAAGCAACCACAGUGCAAUUAAACCGUACCUGGUGUACUCGAAGCUGCGGCUUGUCUGCAAGCACCUGGUGCAAGGCCGGCAGGAGGAUGCGCACGAGUUCCUACGCUAUCUGGUCGAGGCGAUGGAAAAGUCGUUCCUCGGCCGAUACAAGAACAGCAAGGAGCUCGAUCAGUACAGCAAGGAGACGACGCCGCUGAACCAGAUCCUCGGCGGGUACCUGCGGUCGGAGGUGAAGUGUCUGUCGUGCCAGCACGUUUCGACCACGUUCCAGCACUUCGAGGAUCUGCUGCUCGACAUCCGGAAGGCCAGCUCGAUCGACGAGGCGCUCGAGCUGUACUUUGACCGCGAACGGCUCGAGGACAUGGGCUACAAGUGUGAGGCGUGCAAGCGGCGGGUGGCCGCCACCAAACAGUUCUCGCUCGAGCGCGCCCCGUUCGUGCUGUGCAUCCAGUUGAAGCGCUUUGCGAUGAUGGGCGGCAAGAUCAACAAGCACGUGGACCUGCGAUCGCGGCUGGAUCUGACGCCCUACUCCAACCAGCGCACGGCCAACGGUGCGCCGCACGGCGGUGGCGGAAAGCUUAUUUACCGGCUGACCUCGAUGGUGACCCAUCUCGGGAGCACGCAGCAUUGCGGGCACUACACGGCCAUCGGCCAAACCGAUGGUGGCGCGUAUCACGUGUUCGACGACAGUUCCGUGCGCCCCGUCGGAAUUCAAAACGUCAUGAGCACCAACGCGUACAUUCUGUUCUUCGAGCUGGAAAGUGCGGCCGGAGCCAACGUUGGUCUGCUGAAUGGCACGACAAAGGCCGCCCAACCGGCGGGCCAUCCCAGCAGCACGGCCACACUCACUUCAAUGGGUCAUCUGGCGGCGAACGGCGGGGGCACCGCGCUGGGGAGUUCGCCGAUCGGGGCCACCGGUGGGAGUAGUGGCACGCCCGGGAAAGGCACUGGUGGUAUCGCAUCGUCGCCGCUCCGGGUGCUCGGUUCUGGCGGCGGCAAUGGAACUGCUGGUGGUCUCUUCCCGAGCAAGCUGGACACGAAGCCUGGCUUUAUUGGGCCAGUGCUACCACCGUCCGCAAAGAGUCCCAUCUCAGCCGCCGCCGCCGCCGCCUCCGUCACUGUCGCCGCGUCCCAAGGAACAUCGGCGAAAGGAGCGCUGGGGACAACGACGCUAAGUUCCUCCGCUGCCGGUGAUGGCACCCAUUCUUCGCCUUCCUCGACCACGUCCACCCUUUCGUCACCUUCGAAGACGGUUUCGACUUCACCUUCGCCCGUAAAAUCCGUCAACUCCUCGUUACUAAGUCAGUCCAAUAAAUCCAAAUCUGCUGCCAACACGACGACGGUGGCGGGGGCCGCCCCUGGCAGCAAUAAUGGGCCAUCUGCUCUGAAGCUGCUGAACGGAACCCACACCGCCAAACAGUCGCCAUUGGCCGCCGUCUCACCGCCGCUACCUUCGAUGCCAAAACUAUUGUUCAGUUCCACGCCGAAUGGUGGCCAGCGGGGUGCGUCUGGGGCCGCCGCCACCGGUUCUCCCUCGGGUGGUUCCGUCGUUAGUUUGGUACCGUACGAAACGGAUGACGAUAGUGACGCCGACAACAGCAGCGAAGAGGAAGCUCGGAACAAACGUGGCAAGAAAUCGGUAUCACUGAAGCGAAACGGUCACGGCAACGGCGCAGAGAACGAUCACCACGACGAUGACGACGACGACGACGACGGUGGCGACGAUCGUCAUUCGCACUCGCCGCAGAUCAUCAAGAACAAGGCCGGUCUGUGGAAGGUGUCGAAAAGUAGUACGGCCGGCCAGCUUACGUAUCCCGACAGCAGCAGCAGCAACAGCGGAUCGGCUUCCUCCUCCAAAACGUCCUCUCCGUCCAGCUCUCCACCGCAGCAAAGAAAUGGUGGGCAACAUACGACACAAAACGGGUACAACCAUCAGCAGCGCGCGAUGAAAAGUCGAUCAUCAUCUCCUGCUACUGCCGUGGCCACCACCACCGAGGGACCUGCCGCCGCCGUCCAGCUGCUACUAAAGUACUCUCACCGUGGCUACGGUGCACCGGUGAAAAGUUGGAAUGGCCAGCAGACGGAUAUGGACCGCGAAUUGGCUACCGAGCGGCGCGAGGAACGUAAGCGUCAGAUCGAGGACGAUCGCGAAACGGAAAUGGACCGUGGUCGGAUGAAGAAGGUCAAGAACGUGGCACCGAACGGUGGUGGCCCGCCACAGCACGGUAAUCAGUUCCAGCAUUUUCAAAACUAUCAAAAUGGCGGUGGCAUGAAAUGGAACGGAGGCAAUCGAAAUGGCAAUCAGCAAUACAACAAUGGCUACCACCGGGGGGGAGGAGGCCAUGGUGGGGGUGGCGAUUUCUACCAGAACGGCCACCACCACCGGCAUGGUGGUGGAUUUCGGAACGGCGGUGGCGGCGGCGGCGGUCGACGGUUCGGCGGUGGCCGCAACGGUGGAUUCCAUGCGAAAGCUCAUUAUCAUCAUCAGCGCAGCGAAACUUCAUCUGGUGGUGGCGGCCUGGCGUCGGGCGGUGGUGGUGGCCCUUCGGGCGGUAGCAACGGAUACUACCAUCGAUAGAAUACUGGAUGUGAGCGACAGUGAAACACCGGCGGGACACGGCGACGGUCGGUGAUGGUGAUCGGCGGCAGGCACACAACACUCCCCGCUGAAGCUGAAGCUUUAGAUUGUUUUUCGUCUUAUUUCGUCGCUUCCGGCGGUCCUUUUCCAUUCGGAAUUAAGAACACACACCGAGGGGGUGCGAUCGUUGUUGAAUUUUUUCUACUUUUCUCCGUGCAUUUCGACCGACAAAACGGAACGGAAUGGGCAUUUUGUUUGUUAAUUUCUCCAUCGUGCGGCGCUCGUCGUCGAUCGCCAGCGAAAAAUCCAGUUAUAUGUGCAUUUUCCGGGUGUUUGUUGUCUCGUUCCAUAUCCGCAGUGGGAAGACGCGGAGAAAGACCGACCGCUCGUACUCGAUCGAGUUCGGGCCGGGUUUUUUUUUCGAUUAAAAAGAGGAGAGAGGGUGAGGACUUUGUAAGUAGGUUGAUGUUUUCUUUUUCCUGUUAAGUUCUACACACACACACAGACACACUUCCCUUUUGAGAGUAGAAGAUAGCUGUUAAGUCCAGUAAAAUACACGAAAACCAACCAUUCUAGGAUUAAAGACGAGAGAGAGAGAGAGAGAGUGAUCACCGGCGGGGACCGAAAUCAAACUGAGUGUGAGUGUGUGUAGAGUGUCCCUUCUUAUAAAAUGUAGACACCGGCCGCACUCUAUUGGGUCAGCACUAUCAACCGCGUUGUAAAUAAAUAAUAAUUCUACCUAUCGUAAUCAUGCGCCAGCAGCAGCAACGUGAUCAUUCGCGAUCAUCUUCGAUCCCGCACACACCCCGUACAAAACCGCGCAAUGGAAAGAAAGUGACAUAAAGUGGGAUUACUAAAUCAUAGUUAGCGAUGCCGCUGCCAAGCACAUGGAAAGAGACAGCCCUGCCUCUCUCUCUCUGUCCCAUACAACUGUACAUAGCCUUCUUCUCUGAACGGAACGAAAAUGGACGAUUUUAAAGGAAGCUCUACACAACGACGCGCGCGCGCUGUACAUUAAUCGCUUUUCGGGGUGGCCCAGCAAUGGCAAGCGUUGGCCAACUGCCCAAGCUCUGGUUCAGGGUGAAUGGAACUGCAAAUCAAAUUACCUCCUUCACGAUACGAAUCGUAUGCAGAGCGAAGCGAAACGAAACGAAUAUGCCGCAAUCAAUGGUAGUCGAACAAGCGGAUUGAGGGGACUCCCAGUAAACCCGCCCCAUCACUGUGGUCGAUCGGUCGGUCGCUUGAAAUGGAGAUUAGGUUUUUUAGAAAUCUUUUAACUCUAAUCGAAUAAGCAAACGCGGCGCUCGGAAGGAGUCAGUAGCACAGUUUAAGGUAGGAUAGAAGGACGGCCACCCCAUGUCCUGCGCGAAAACAGUCGGUAGAGAAAACGUAAGAUGCGCCACAGGUGCCACGCUUCCACAAUCUGCGCCUGAUCCGAUUCCGAUUAUUGGUCCCACUCCCCGGUCUGUGUUGAUGUACAAGUGCAUUUAGUUAAGUAGGAUUACUAGGCCCAAGUAUAAGUUGUUAAAUGUGUUUUCUCUUUGUUACUGGCACCCCCUUUUUUCUGUCUGAAUAGUUAGUUUUAGUCGCACCAUAUAGGGUUACAGUACUUUGGUUAUCCUGAACUCUCUACGUUCUACAAAAUAACGGAAUUUUGUGGGUAAGGCUGAAUUAGAGAAGGAAACGGUUCACGUUCCGCAGCACACGUUCAGGCUGCAACAACAUUGGACAGCAGCGCUGGACUGGAAAGCAAUAAAACUCCCAAUUGUGUUUCAUAUCCCGUUUUUACUGCACGGGACGGGACAGCACUCACCGACGAUCGCGGGUGCUUCUUGAUAGACGAAAAUGGGCGAGCAUUUGAGGAAUAAACCCUACUCUAGCUAGUGGGGACGCGAAAACACUACCUGUGCAAAGCAUUAGAGUGAAACAAAGAAAAACAUGAACUGCAGGCGAUCGGGAGUGGACUAGGACUAGAAUGACUUAAUUGAAUUGAAAUGGCGUACUCAAAUUCUACACCACUCCACAACGCUAGAGAAACACUAUACAAGUGAAUAUUGCUAUGUAGGUGCAAAAAA